UCACUUUCGUUUCCUAAGAAGAGAAACACACACAGAGAGAGAGAGAGACUGUACCGAGGAAAAAGCAUGGAGGAGAAAUCAAACAGAGCAUUUGCAAGUAAUCAGCCAGUGUCAGAUGUGAACAUUAUGCUGUUGGGCUCGACUGGAGCAGGAAAGAGUGCGUCAGGAAACACCAUCCUGAGCAGAGCCAGAAACCCGUUUGAGGAUGAUUUUUCUCCUGAGGCUGUGACCAAAGUCUGUCAGUCAGCACAAACCGAAGUGGAUGGGCAAACAAUAAAUGUGAUCGACACUGUAGGACUCUCUGAUACAUCAGUGAAUAUCACAGCUGCUCAAACUGAAAUAGAGAAGAUAUUUACACGUCAUGGUAUUGAUGUGUUUCUGCUGGUAAUCAGAUUGGGUGAGACGUUCACAAAGAAUGACAGUAAAGUUUUGAAAUGGGUCUUGGAUAAUUUUGGAACGAAGGUCCUAAAUCACACAAUAGCGCUCUUUACUAACGGAGACCAGUUGCAUGUGCCAGUAGAGAAAUAUGUGAAUAAAAGUAAAACAUUGCGGUCAGUUGUUGAUCUGUGUUCAGGAGGAUUUCAUGUUUUUAACAACAAAAAAGAAGACAAAUUCCAAGUCACUGAGCUUCUGAAAGAAAUAAAUAAACUGAGGGUUCAGAACAGAUACAGGAGGUACACUGAGCACGACUAUAAGGAGACUCAGGAAGCACUACUACAUAGUAAAUGUGUUAUUGGAGCGGCUUUAGGAGGAGGAGCUGGAGCAGCUUUAGGAGGAUUAGUAGCAGCAGCAGGAGCAGCAGGAGCAGCAGUGGCAUCUACUCUGGGAUCAGCUGCACCAUCUGCAGGGCAAGCUGCAUUCAUAGGAGUAAUACUAGGUGCAGCUCUGCUAGCAGUAGCAGCUUUUGCAGCAGUGUAUUUAUUUGAAAGACAAAAAACCCAAAGAUAUAAAUAA